AUUUUUUUGUGCAUAAUUGGGCUCUUGAAUUGAGUAUUUUGCAUCUUCGCAUAUGAUUAAUUCUUGUUUUAUCUUAUAUCUUAUGAGUUGAGAAUUAUUUAGAGCCUUGUUGCAUUUUCUAUAUAUUUCUUGUGGAAUCUUAUCUAAUAAUGGUACUUUAUUUGUUUUGAAGGAAUAGGCUCAUUGGACUACAAGAAUUUGGAUUGGGCCCGAUCCAUUAAAUGGAGCUUUCCUCUUGAGCUAACCCAUGUCAAACCUUCUCAUCAAAUCCCUAAUUUUCCUCCUAAACUAAGCCCUAAACCAAAUGCAAAUCCUGGUUCAAACCUUGGUAUAAAACCCAAAAGAAUCGCGGAUGAACAGUGGCUACGCCUACUGUUCAUCGUGCCAUCGGAUAUUUCCUCUCCGUGAGCGCGCGCGCAUGCCCCCGAUUCCAGUGAACAAUCAUAUUCUGAAUUCCAGAUCCAUGGAGGAAGAGUAAGGAAGCUGCUGACCUAAUUUCCUGAAGCUGGAGGGUUACCAAAGAGGUCUCGACGGCAAGCUUUGCUGCGAUUCAAAUCUUCAUUUCCGCCCCUGUUCGAACGGUGUUGAUAGCAGGAGAUCAUCAUCCAUCAUUGGGAAGAGUUAGAGAGGUCUCUCUAGUGUUUACCAACUUGAUUCCAGCCGCAAUCAUCGAUCCAUCAGCAAGCAACAGCUGCUCACAGAUUUGAAUCACAGAUCUAGAUUUCGACAAUUUCGCACAGAUCUGAACUUAUAUUCUUCCAGAGAGGUUUCUUUGGCUAGGAUCAAAGGGUUUUAGAUCUGAACCCGGAUCAGCUGCGUUCUCUUUUCUGCUUUUCUGAAUUUCGCAAUUGAGGUUUCAAGUGAGGACUCUUGUGUGACGACAAGAGUUGUGAUUCAAGAAUUGGUUGUGAUUGGAAUUGGUUUAGUUUUAAUCUUGCAUUUCAUUACUGUUUUUAGCUAGAUCUAGAUCUCGGUUAUAGCACAGUUUGGACACAGAUCAAUUUCUUUCCAGAAUUUUGUUUUUAAUCCCUGUUCUUUGCUACAGAAUUUCCAGCAUGUUUCUUUUAAUGAAAGUAGUUUACAAUCCUUGUUUUAGAUGCAGUAAUUUCAAUAGUUUAUAUUGGAUUAGUUAGUUUCUAUUUGUGUUCAUUGAUACAGUAAUUUCAAAAUAUUUUUUUAGUGUAAUUAGUUUCCAACUUUGUUUCAGAAAAGAAUGUUAUCGUUUUAUCAUUAAAGAGUAGUUGUUGUUUGAUUGCAAUUGUUUUUGCUUGUUUAGAAUUACUUGAAUCGUUUCAAUUUUGAGUAGUUGACAAUUUUAGAGAAUUUCUAUGUUUUAUUUUACUUCUCUUCAGAUUUUAGUCAUGAGAAUUCUGUAGUUUAUUGUUUUUGCAUCUUUGUUUUCUUUAGAUUUUGUCAUCGAAUUUGUUGUUCCUUUAAAUCUGAACGAGUAGUUCUAGUUUUGUUCCUUUAAAUGUCAUUUCUGCAAUUAAAUUCUGUUUCUCUUGUUUCUCUAGUUGGGUAUCUUUAUUUUGUUUUUGCAUUUUCCAUCGAUGCAAUUGUAGUUGUGACAAGUUCCUGCACAAAUUUAAUUCUGCAAUUUAAAUUCUGAUGUAUCUCUUUUAGUUUCUAAAUCAUAGAGUAAGUUAGUUCUCUUAAGCUAGUAUUUAAUCAUUACUUAGGAUCAGGUUAUUAGCUGCAUUUGAAUUCUUGAGUUAGGAUUUGAAACAAAACUAAAUAUCCCCAUUUUAUCAGGAGAAAACCUAAAAAAAAUAAUAAUUCUAGUCUAAGAUCAAACAUUCUACUACUAGUUUCCUUUAGAUAUUCGACCUUGGCUUUUUACUACAACAAUCUGGAGUAGUUAAGGGUUUUCAAGAUUAAUUAAUUUGGAGUUCAUACGUGACAGUCAAUUCGAACUUGUCAAAUUUUGGCGUCGUUGCCGGGGAAACUAGUAGAGUUUGUUUGUUGUUAGAUUGUGCAUAGUUUGUCUUUCCUUUGUUUUCACUUUCUUGAUUUUAUUGUCUAUCCACUUUUGUUCUAAUUAUUGAUUUUUGUUGGUAUGACCAGGUUUUCAUGUGAUAAGUUACUUGAUAUUGAUCCGGAAAUUGAAAGGACCUUCAGAGCUUUGAGAAUUCAGGAGAAAAUUUCAGAGGACUCAGGAAGUUCUUUAUCAUCUUCAGAUACCCCCAUGGCUGAUCAUAGUAGGACAAUGAAGGAGCUUGCAGCUCCUGAUGAGGCUUUCAAGUAUUCAUGCAUCACUUAUCCAACUUUAGCUGGUGAUUUUGAGCUGAGAUCAGGAUUGAUUCAUUUGCUUCCAAAAUAUCAAGGAUUAUCUGGAGAAGAUCCAAACAGACAUUUGCAUGAAUUCCAUGUGGUUUGUUCAACCAUGAAGCCACAAGGAAUUUUAGAAGAGGAUAUCAAGCUAAGGGUUUUUCCAUUUUCACUUACGGGAGUAGCAAAAGAUUGGUUGUAUUAUUUGCCACCGGGAUUUAUUACUUCUUGGAUUGACAUGAAGAAGGCUUUCUUGGAGAAAUUCUUUCCGGCCUCGAGGACUGCAACUAUUAGGAAAAGCAUUUGUGGGAUUCAAGAAGUGGUGGGAGAGACACUUUAUGAUUAUUGGGAGAGAUUCAAGAAAUUAUGUUCAAGUUGUCCUCAACACCAAAUAAGUGAGCAGUUAUUAGUACAAACUUCUAUGAGGGUUUAUUACCUAUGUACAGAAGUAUGAUAGAUGCAGCAGCUGGAGGAGCUUUAGUAAACAAGACUCCAGAGCAAGCACGGGAGCUAAUUUCGAACAUGGCUGAAAAUUCACAACAAUUUGGAAGUAGAGCACUCACUACUAGAGGAGUUGGUGAAAUUCAAAUGGUUUCUAAUGAACAAAAGGAGAUAAGGAAUUCAUUGAUGGAAUUGACAACCUUGGUGAAACAAUUAGCCUUGAACAAUGCUACUCAACCUUCUGUUGUGCCAAAUAUGCCAUUUUCAUGUAAACAAAGCAUAGUUUGUAGCAUUUGUUCGAGUCAAGAUCACCUUUCAGAACUUUGUCCAAAUCUCCAUCAGGAUGAAUCUUUGGCAGCUUUCUCUAGAGCUCAAUUUCAACAAAAACAUGAUCCUUAUUCAUCCACAUACAAUCCGGGGUGGAGAGAUCAUCCAAAUUUGAAGUAUGGAAAUUCAUUCUAUCAACAACUGUCUUCGAAUCAGCAAUUCCAGCAACCUAAUCAGUAUUUUCAGCAAUCGCAGCAGGGUUUCCAGUAGCAAAAUCAGCAUGUCCAGCACCAUUACCACCCUGCAAAUCAAUUCCGGCAACAAUUUCAGCCCUAUCAGCAGUUUCAAAAUCAGAAUCAGCAUUAUCACUCCCAAAAUCAGAAUUUUCAGCAAGGGUAGAAUGUUUCACAACAAGCACUUCCAGCACCAACGAGGUUGAAUUUAACUCAAGGAGGUUCUAGUAAUGCUUCUAAUUCUGAUGCACAGCAAGCUAGAUUGGAGGAAUUAAUGCAGCAAAUUCUUCAACAGCAACAAAAUCAGGAAAGGCAGAUUGGGCAAUUGGCUUCUAGCAUUAAUCAGAUUCAAGCUCAGGGAUCGAGUCAAUUGCCAUCUCAAACAAUUCUGAAUCCUAAAGGGAACGUUAGUGCAUUAACUUUAAGGAGUGGAAGAAAGGUUUCAGAAUCUGCAAGAGGAAGAGCUGCUGUUGAAAAUUUUCCAGAAAUCCAGCCAUCCAGUUCCAGCAAUGAAGAAUUUUCAGAAAUGCAAAAUGUGCCAACCUCGAGUUCUACCCCAAUUUACAUUGAUCCAAUGGAUAUGGAGCAUGAACAAGGAAGAAAUAGUUGCAUUCUAGAAAUUUCCAGCAAGUUUUCUCAAAAUGGGUAGUUUCCAGCAGCAACAACUUCAGAAAGCAGCAAAUCUGGAAAUGCAGGAUUUCAGAAUUCAGAGCAGAACAUUCCAUUGCCUUUCCCUCAACGCAGAGUUCAACCAAGGAAGAAUGUAGAGGAAGAGAAAGCAAAGGAGUUCCAGGAGCUUGUGGACUUAUUCAGCAAGGUGGAAGUAAAUGUUCCGUUACUCACAAUGAUCAAGCAGAUUCCAAAAUAUGCAAAAAUUUUGAAGGAUCUUUGUGUGCACAAGAAGAAAUUGAAGGGGAAUGAGUUAAUUAGCAUGGGAAAGAAUGUGUCUGCACUUCUUCAAACAGUUCCUCAGAAAUGCAAAGAUCCUGGAGUUUUUACAGUUCCUUGUGAGAGUGGGAGUAAUCUGUUUAAAGAUGUCAUGCUAGAUUUGGGAGCUUCAAUUAAUGUGAUGCCAAAAUCAGUUUUUCAGACAUUAGGGAUUGGACCAUUACAACCUACAGGAGUAGUCAUUCAGUUAACUGACCGCAGUCAGACUCAUCCAGCUGGAGUUAUUGAAGAUGUAUUGGUGAAGGUGAGAGAACUUAUCUUUCCUGCAGAUUUUUAUAUCCUCGACAUGGAGGGAGACUAUCUGGCCAGUAGAUCUCCACUCAUUCUAGGACGACCAUUUUUGAAGACUGCAAGGACCAAGAUUGAUGUUCAUGCGGGCACCCUUUCUAUGGAGAUAGGAGACACAGUGGUCCAAUUCAGUAUUUUUGACGCUAUGAAGCAUCCUAGAGAGGAUCAUUCAAUUCUUAGUUUGGAUAUUUCAGAGGAGCUGGACAGUGUAGAUUUCUUUUCAGUAAUUGAUUCAGAUUCAGAAGUUGCAGAGGAUGGUAUAGGUGAUUUUUUGUUUUCAGAAGAGGAGGAUAUUUCAGCCUUGGGUGUGGAUGAUGAGUCUUGUGGAGUAUAUCCGAGUGAGAGAGAUAAUUUAUGCGUAGGGGAUUGCUUAGGAGAAGCUCUAUCCCUAGGAUCACCCAGAGAAGAGAAAUUAUGCAUAGGGGAUUGCUUAGGAGAAGCAUUACCCCUAGGAUCUCUUUCUAUCGAUCAGACACAAGAUGAGUUGAAGCCAUUGCCUGCACACUUGAAGUAUUCUUAUUCAGGAGAGAACCAGCAGCUACCUAUCAUCAUUGCUCAGAAUCUAGAAUCAAAACAAGAAAGCAGAUUAUUAGGGAUUUUGAGGCAGCACAGGAAGGUCAUUGGAUGGACUUUAGCAGAUAUUCCUGGUAUUAGUCCUUCUAUUUGCAUGCACAGGAUUUACUUGGAGGAGGAUGUGAAACCAGUGAGACAGCCCCAGAGGAGACUUAACCCACUAAUCCUUGAUGUAGUAAAGAAAGAGGUGACUAGACUGCUACAGGCAGGUAUCAUUUACCCUAUUUCUGACAGUAAGUGGGUAAGCCCCAUCCACGUGGUUCCAAAGAAAUCAGGAGUGACAGUUAUGACUAAUGAAGAGAAUGAGUUGGUGCCCACCAGAGUGAAAAAUUCUUGGAGAGUUUGUGUGGAUUAUAGGAAGCUGAACCAAGCAAGCAGAAAGGACCACUACCCCCUACCUUUUAUUGAUCAGAUGUUGGAAAGACUAGCGGGCAAGUCACAUUAUUGCUUCCUUGAUGGUUACACGGGAUAUUUUCAUAUUUGCAUCGACCCAGAGGAUCAAGAGAAGACCACCUUCACUUGUCCUUUCGAUACAUUUGCCUACAGACGAAUGCCAUUUGGAUUAUGCAACGCUCCAGGAACUUUUCAGCGAUGCAUGGUUAGUAUUUUUGGUGAUUUAUUAGAGCAUUGCAUGGAGGUUUUCAUGGAUGAUUUUUCUGUAUAUGGUUCAUCAUUUGAUGCAUGUCUAGAAAAUUUGUCUAGGGUUUUAGAUAGAUGCAUUGAGACUGACUUGGUACUUAAUUUUGAAAAAUGUCAUUUUAUGGUUGAGCAUGGUAUUGUUUUAGGACACAUAGUCUCUAAGAGAGGUAUUGAGGUAGAUCCUGCUAAAGUUAGCGCUAUAUCUUCUUUAUCUUACCCCGCAUGUGUGCGGGAUGUUCGAGCUUUUCUUGGCCAUGCAGGAUUCUACAGGAGAUUUAUUAGGGACUUCAGUAAGAUUGCUCUUCCACUGUCUCAGUUGCUUCAAAAAGAUGUGGAGUUUCAGUUUGAUCAGAGGUGUAAGGAAGCUUUUCAGAGAUUGAAGGAGGCUUUAAUUUCUGCACCAAUCAUCAUACCACCAGAUUGGGCUUUACCUUUUGAGCUGAUCUGUGAUGCUUCGAAUUUUGCCAUAGGGGCGGUACUUGCACAGAGAGUAGAGGGAGCACCACAUGUGAUCUGUUAUGCAUCGAAGACCUUAGAUUCGGCUCAAGCAAAUUACACCACGACAGAAAAAGAGCUUCUUGCCAUUGUUUUUGCUUUAGAUAAAUUUAGAUCAUAUUUAUUAUGUUCUCAUGUGGUUGUAUUUUCUGAUCAUGCAGCGUUGAAGUUUCUCCUCAAGAAGCCAGAUGCUAAGCCCAGAUUGAUUAGAUGGAUGCUUCUCCUCCAGGAUUUUGAUUUGGAGAUUCGUGAUAGGAGUGGGAAGGAGAACUUGGUUGCAGAUCAUUUGAGCAGAAUUGAAGGGGAUUUGGACCAUACGGCUAUUGAUGAUGACUUUAGAGAUGAGCAACUCUUUCGGGUGCAUGGAAUAGGCUCAUUGGACUACAAGAAUUUGGAUUGGACCCGAUCCAUUAAAUGGAGCUUUCCUCUUGAGCUAACCCAUGUUAAACCUUCUCAUCAAAUCCCUAAUUUUCCUCCUAAACUAAGCCCUAAACCAAAUGCAAAUCCUGGUUCAAACCUUGGUAUAAAACCCAAAAGAAUCGCGGAUGAACAGUGGUUGCGCCUACUGUUCAUCGUGCCAUCGGCGAUUUCCUCUCCGUGAGCGCGCGCGCAUGCCCCCGAUUCCAGUGAACAAUCAUAUUCUGAAUUCCAGAUCCAUGGAGGAAGAGUAAGGAAGCUGCUGACCUAAUUUCCUGAAGCUGGAGGGUUACCAAAGAGGUCUCGACGGCAAGCUUUGCUGCGAUUCAAAUCUUCAUUUCCGCCCCUGUUCGAACGGUGUUGAUAGCAGGAGAUCAUCAGCCAUCAUUAGGAAGAGUUAGAGAGGUCUCUCUAGUGUUUACCGACUUGAUUCCAGCCGCAAUCAUCGAUCCAUCAGCAAGCAACAGCUGCUCACUGAUUUGAAUCACAGAUCUAGAUUUCGACAAUUUCGCACAGAUCUGAACUUAUAUUCUUCCAGAGAGGUUUCUUUGGCUAGGAUCAAAGGGUUUUAGAUCUGAACUGGGAUCAGCUGCGUUCUCUUUUCUGCUUUUCUGGAUUUCGCAAUUGAGGUUUCAAGUGAGGACUCUUGUGUGACGACAAGAGUUGUGAUUCAAGAAUUGGUUGUGAUUGGAAUUGGUUUAGUUUUAAUUUUGCAUUUCAUUACUGUUUUUAGCUAGAUCUAGAUCUCGGUUAUAGCACAGUUUGGAGCACAGAUCAAUUUCUUUCCAGAAUUUUGUUUUUAAUCCCUGUUCUUUGCUACAGAAUUUCCAGCAUGUUUCUUUUAAUGAAAGUAGUUUACAAUCCU